AUGGCCCCCGACCUCUCCCAAAACAAAGCCGUCAAGCUCGUCGCCCACGCCGCCGCAAACAAAUACGCCAUCUGCGCAACAUGCUGCUACAACGUUGAAGGCAUCCUGGCCUCAGUCCGCGCAGCAGAAGCAAAGCGCGCACCACUAAUCAUCCAACUCUUCCCCUGGGCCCUCAACUACGCCGACGGCAUCCUCCUGCACGCCGCCCGCGAAGCCGCCGACAACGCCAGCGUCCCCGUCGCCCUGCACAUGGACCACGCGCAAACCCCAGAAAUCGUCAAGAAAGCAGCGAACUUCAAGAACGGCUUCGACGGCAUCAUGGUCGACAUGAGCCAUUUUGACGAUAACCUGGAAAAGACGGCGGAGUUGGUCAAGUACUGCAAUGAGCGCGGUAUUAUUACAGAAGCCGAACCAGGCCGUAUCGAUGGCGGCGAAGACGGUGUCGGCGACCUCAGUGAAAUGGGUCUAGAAGCCAUUCUCACCACCCCAGAACAAGCAGAAGAAUUCGUCGCAACAGGCAUCAACUGGCUCGCCCCCGCCUUCGGAAACGUACACGGCAAAUACGGUCCUAAAGGCCCUCAACUUGAUUACCCCCGUCUGCGCAACGUACACAGCAAAGUUGGGGACCGCGUUGCCCUCGUGCUGCACGGCGCGGGUAAAGAGUGGUUUCAGGAGAAGCUGCUCAAAGAGUGCAUUGAGUGUGGUGUUGCGAAGGUCAAUAUUAAUGAUGCGUUUAAUAAUGAUUUCAUCGAUGUUAUGAAGGAGCAGGCGGGCCUCACACCGAUUACGGGGUUGAUUGAGAAGGCGACGGAUGCGAUGCAGAAGAGUAUUGAGAGUUAUAUUGAGUGGAUGGGUGGGGCGGGCAUGGCGGAUAAGAUUGUGUUGUAG